AUGGGCUUGGCGAUGCUGGUUGAGGGAGCGUUGAUCGAGUCGAAGGAGUCCAAGGGGUUUGUUUAUAAGGACGAGGAGAACGGCGGAAGGAUGAGGAGAAAUGGGCCAAAGGCUCUUCUAUAA